CAUCAAUUUCCCGUUUAUUUAUUGGAGGAAGGAGAGUAGGUGGUACCAUUUAAAACUUACGUCACUGCUGGUGAAAAAAAAACAUUUUCUCUGAAGAUCUCCGUUUCACGUCUCGAGUCAACAAGAGGACGAUUUAUCCACUUUUCUGUAUAUUUCAAGGUGUUUCACUGCUACGGAAUUUUCACGAUGACGCAUUAUCUCGAACAGUUACGCGGGGUAGGGUACGUUUCUCUGAUUAUCUUUCUUUCUGCCAUCACUAAUACGGUGUCUUCAAUCAUCCAUUAUUCUGUUCCCGAAGAAAUGGAGCAAGGAUCUGUCGUUGCAAAUUUAGCAACUGAUCUAGGGUUAGACGUUAAGACACUGAAUGAAAGAAAAAUGCGGCUAGAUGUUGUAGCUAACAAGAAAUAUCUUGACAUUAAUAAGGAAACGGGGGAGUUGUUCAUUUUAGAAAGAAUUGACCGAGAGUCUCUAUGCCCAUCGAAAACAACGUCAUACUGCGUUCUCAAAUUAGACGCUACCAUUGAAAAUCCAGUACGAAUGUUUAAUAUUGAGGUGGAAAUAACAGACAUUAACGAUAAUGCUCCACAUUUCCGGAGGGGAACGAUGCAUUUGGACAUUUCAGAAUCAAGUCCAGUUGGAGAGAGAUUCUCACUGAAUAAUGCUGCAGAUCCAGAUGUUGGAACAAAUUCUGUAAAAACUUACCACCUGAGCACAAGUGAACAUUUUGCACUUGAAAUUCAGACCGGGAGAGACGGGACAAAGUUUGCAGACUUGAUUUUGAAAAAAUCUUUAGACAGAGAGCAGCAGACUGUCCAUAAUCUAAUACUCACUGCUGUGGACGGUGGAGUGCCCACGCGCACAGGUACAGCCAGCAUUAUUAUUCGUGUACUUGAUGUGAACGACAACGCCCCUUCAUUUGACAAAGCAAAAUAUGUCGUAAAUGUGAUGGAAAACUCUCCAAUUGGCAGUCUAGUAAUUAAACUGAAUGCCACUGAUUUAGAUGAAGGGUCCAAUUCUGAGAUUGUUUAUUCAUAUAGUUUGUAUACAUCAGAAAGGACCCAAAAGAUGUUUAACCUGAAUCAAGAAAAUGGUGAAAUCAGAGUGAAAGAGAUGAUAAAUUAUGAAGAUUUAAAACUUUAUGAAAUGGAAGUUAUAGCCAGCGAUAAGGGGCCUAACUCCUUAUCUGGACAGUGUAAACUUACAAUACAGGUGACAGAUAUGAAUGACAAUCACCCAGAAAUUUCCAUCAAAUCAUUUCAAAGUCCGAUAAAAGAAAAUACACCCACAGACACAGUGAUAGCUGUAAUUAGUGUGAGUGACAAAGAUUCAGGUGAUAAUGGAAUAGUUGAUCUUCAUAUUGCAGAUAAUAUGCCUUUCAAACUGAGGGAGUCCUCUGAUAACUAUUAUGAAUUAUUAGUGUCGGAGCCGUUAGACCGUGAGAAGGUCCCAGAAUAUGACAUCACUUUCACUGUGACAGACAGAGGUUCUCCUCCUUUAUCUGACAAUGAAACUAUGACCUUAGAGCUGCUGGAUGUUAAUGACAAUGUCCCACAGUUCCCCCAGUCAUUUUAUACUAUACGAGUCAUGGAGAAUAAUGCACCUGGAGCCUUGCUCAGCUCCCUCACUGCCUUUGACCCUGACCUCCAUGAAAACCAGUAUCUAGUUUAUUUCAUAAUAGAGAAGGAGAUAGCCAACACCUCCAUGUCCAUGCUGUUCUCCAUUAAUCCAGAGAACGGUAAUCUUUAUGCACUAAAAACUUUUGACUAUGAGAUCGAGAAGGAGUUUCUGUUCCACAUCGAGGCCAGAGACUCUGGCUCUCCUCCUCUCAGCAGUAAUGUGACUGUCCACAUCAUUAUUGUUGAUCAGAACGACAAUGCUCCGGUUAUUGUGUCUCCGUGGCGUGCACACGGCUCAGUGGUGGAGGAAAAGAUCCCCAGAUCCACUGAUAAAGGCUCCCUGGUUGCCAAGGUGAUAGCUUUAGACACAGACUCUGUUCACAACUCUCGGAUCACCUACCAGUUUCUACAGGUGACUGACACCACCUUGUUCAGUCUGGACCAAUACAAUGGAGAGAUCCGCACUAUGAGGAUGUUCAGUUACAGAGAUCCACGCCAUCAGAGACUGGUUGUUGUUGCAAAGGACAACGGUGAUCCUGCUCUCUCUGCUACAGUCACCAUCAAGCUGACCACAAUGGAGACUGCUGUUAAAGCCUACUCUGACAUGACUGAGGAGCCUCUGGAAUAUGACAUCUUCUCAGACAUAAACCUGUAUUUGGUCAUCGGUCUGGGCUCGGUGUCAUUUCUGCUGCUCAUCACCAUAUUGGUCACCAUCGUGAUCAAGUGUCAGAAACCCAAGUCCAGCAAAGCAGCUCCUCCCUCCAGGAACAGUGUGAUCAGUGAGAGGAACUCCACCAUUGCAGACUCCACUCUGGUCUCCAACGAUGCCUACUGGUACAGUCUGUUUCUAGCAGAGACCAGGAAAGGAAAGCUGGUGGUUAGACAGCCUCUGCCAAAGGGCUCCAGAUACAUUGUGUCCAGCAUCCCGAGAGGGACAGGCCUGACAGAGACUAGUGACUCAGCAGCUUCUACUCUACAGUACCCUAAAUGAAGGAAGUCCACUCUGCAGUUGGAGGCAUCCACCACCAGUAGCAGCAGUUCCACAUAAGAAGCCCCCUCCUGCAGUGUACCGACAAGAAUAGCUUCAUAGAAGAAAGAAGACCCCCCCCCCCCCCCCC